AUGGACACCAGUUUUAGUGAUUCUAGUGCAGAAUCUGAAAAGGACAAUGCUAAUCGGGUCAAAAAACGAAAAAAAACCGGAAGAUUGAGUGAGGUAAUGAAAAAAAUUCGUGCAACGUCCAACGAGUUAGGGAGUGACUGUCUUUUCAACCGCCAAAAUGAGUAUCUUGGGGGUUUGAUUACGAUUCAACCUGUUGUACAACGUAGAAGUAGGAAGGAUCCGAACGAAGCAAAUUUUAAUGAUUCCUCUUAUAGUUAUCGUUUGCGCAGUUAUGUCGAUGGUGCGUUGCAAGAUAUUGUUAUUUGUUAUAAAGCUUUUUUAAGUAUCCAUGGUAUUUCUAAUCGUCGUGUUCAAACAAUAAAAAAAAAAUUGCUUAUUUCUGGUGUAGUUGGCACUGAUAAUCGCGGAAAACAUUCUAACAGACCGCAUAAGUUAUCUGAUGACACCAAGACAAAAGUUUUUGAUUUCAUAAAAUCUUUGAAAGGUAGAAAAUCCCAUUACUCACCCAAGGAUAGUGAAAAACUGUAUCUCCCGGAAGAAUUAAAUAUUAAAAAACUUCACACGUUUUAUAAUGACAAACAUCCUGCAAAUAUAGUAGGUUAUACAACUUUCCGUGACAUAUUCGAACAAAAAUUUAAUAUAUCAUUUGGGUACCCUCGAAAAGAUACUUGUAGUGUAUGUGAUGUUUACAAAGCUGAAAUAAAACUAAUAGAAAACCAGAUCGCUACUUGCGUAGAUAAUGAUACAAAAAAUAGUUUAAAUAAAACAUUAAAAAAAAAGUCAGUAGAACAUGAAUUACACCAAAGAAAGGGCGAUAAGUUCUAUGAACUGAAAAGGAGGUAUAGGAGGGUAGCAAAAAAGACUCCUGAUUUAGAAGCUAUAGUUAUGGACUACCAGAGAAAUCUUCCAAUACCCAAUAUUACUACUAAUGAUGUGUAUUAUCGUCGACAGUUAAACUUUAUUUCCUUUAAUGUACACGUUUUGUCAGAUGAAUCUUCAAUAUUGUACACGUAUGAUGAAACUGUCGCACGAAAAGGAGCAGAUGACGUAUGUUCAAUGCUUGAACAUUAUUUUUCCAAAAUUUUGGAUCCGAAAGUCAAACAAUUAAUUAUUUUUUGUGAUUCAUGUGCAGGUCAGAACAAGAAUUACACUAUAAUAAGAUUUUUUCAUUAUAUGAUCUGUAAAAAGAAACGUUUUGAUAGCAUAAAAAUGGUGUUCCCAAUUCGUGGUCAUUCGUAUUUGGAAUGCGAUAGAGAUAUGGGAAAAAUUAAUUCUAAAUCUUAUGCUGAACUACCUGAUGACUGGAGGAAUAUCUUUCUACAGAGCCGUCAAAAACCAACACCAUUUAAUGUUAUUGACUGUGCCAUUGAAGUCGAGUUCAAGACAUGGACAGAUUAUUUCUCAGAUUUAUACCCAACAAGAUGCCCAAUUCCAACGAGACCCAUUCGAGUGUUACUUAUUGAGGAAAGUAAAUCUCGAUUUAUAUACCACAAGUCUAUGUAUAAUGGGCCUUACUUAUCAGCUGUCAUCACUCGCCCCACAAAUAAAAGGAAACUAAAAAAUAAAAACACUACUCUACGUCCUCUAUACGAUGGUCCUCUUCCAAUAAAAAAAUCAAAACUUAAAGACCUACUACACCUAAAACAGUUUUUAACCAACCAGGAUGCCCAAAAAUUCUAUGACGCACUUAAGUCAGAUGAAGCAGAUGGAGAUGAAGACAUUGUGGAGUAUGCAGAUAAUACACCAAUCGAUGAAAAUGAAGAUCAAUAA